GAUAUCUAAACAGCAGUUAGGUUUAAAACACCUAGCUAUAAGAUGUCACUGGCGGGCGAGUGCUUUAUUUCCAGGAUAUAAUCAUUUCCAGCUUAUUCACGGAUUUUUCUCGCGAGUUGGUCUGCAUCAGAAAAUUGAAUUCGGCAUCCCAAGCAAAGUGCACAUUCAUCCCAACGCGACAACAGCACUCUGCUUCUCGUUUCAGGAAACGCUAGUUCGACACUCCAUUGCCUUGGUAUGCAUUCUACCUUCAUGAUAUAUAAUAUGGCGCCCGCAACGAAACCGACUAUCGUACUCGUUCACGGUGCCUGGCAUUCAGUCGAUUGCUUCGAUCUGCUCCGUGGCGAGCUCCACAAGCGCGGAUGGCCGACGGAAGCACCCGCCCACCCUUCUCCAGGUGCUGAUUCCGGCACCGCAGUGGGGACGGCUGAGAACGCGGCUGCUAUUCGAAAGGUUUUGCAGAGGCUUUGCGACGAGGGAAAGGAGAUUGUUGUCGUUGCCCACUCAUAUGGUGGUGCUACCAGCUCGUGUGCUGUUGAAGGCCUUGCCAGCAAGCAUCGAGCCGCCGCGGGGCAACACGGUGGUGUGAUUCUGCUUGUUUACUUGACAGCGUUUGUCAUCCCAAAGGGCGUUAGUAUCCUAGAGGCAUCCGGAGGGACUCUUCCCCCAUGGCAGAAACUCCAGGGGAGCUUCGUACAUGUUGUCACACCAGAAGACGUAUUUUACCACGACGUGCCACCGUCUAUGGGAAAAAAGUUCAUCGGGCUAUUGAGACCUGAACCGCUGAAGAUAUUCGAGGACAAGAUCACUUACGAGCCCUGGCAUGAUAUCAAGUGCGCAUAUAUCUGCUGUGAUGACGAUAGGGCGAUUCCACUACCUGUUCAAGAAGAAAUGGCAGCGUUACUUGGGCCAGACUCGGCUGUAUUUCACAUCAAAGCGUCUCAUUCUCCUUUUUUGUCGAACCCGCAUUUAGUAGCUAACCACAUUGAACAAGCUGUUACAGGCGGUCAGGGACUUUUGGGCUACCUGGUAGCUAGCAGGGACAGGGAUAUAUAAGGGAGGAAGCUGCACACAAAGGAAGGGGAGGAGGCAUGGGAUAUUUCCUUGACAUUUUUCUUUUCAGUCAGAGAGACAGAAGUCUGAAAGUCUUUGUUGUCAGAGUCAAUACUGAAUUUUUG